GCGGAGUACCGCUGCCACCUUCAUAGCAUUUCAACGUCGCCACCAGCCGAUGCGAGGUGUCUUCUAAUAACAAUUUCCAAUGUCUGACCCGUCGAGCAUCGUAGCGGCUCUCUCAAGAGCGGUUCACCGCAUUCGCGUUACCCCACCUCGGAUCAUUGCUUCCCCCAAAACUCAACCACGCCGCGCGGCAGUCGCUCUCAUCAUUCGAGUCGUUCCGUCUCCAUUCGCUUCUCAAUCCUCUCUACAAAAUGUCCAUGUGCCUGAGACUUUGUCGGACUUCUUCUCACUUGACUGGGUAAAUGAACCUGGUGCGACAGCCGAGAUACUCUUCUUAAGGCGGGACGCACCACAGAGUGAGAACAGUGUUGUUCAGAACACACCCAGGAAUGUCGAAGAUGCACACCUCGCGUUUCCGGGUGGAAGAAUGGAAGAAGGCGAUGAGGGAGGACUAUAUACUGCUAUGCGCCAAACAUGGGAGGAAAUUGGCAUCGACCUUGCUGAGAAGGAUUUCAUGCUCAUUGGGCAAUUGGACGACCGCGAGAUCACUACUUCCCUCGGGAAACGAUUGCUCAUGAUUCUGUCGCCAUUCGUAUUUCUUCAAGUGACUCCGAAAACACCCGCACCCGAUCCUGGACUUGGAACUCAUCUUCACUGGAUACCACUCUCAUCACUGCUCGCAUCUGCUUCUAUAGAUGGACCGAAACCAAAGAAAGGCACGAGGAGUGCGCGUCAAUGGACAAACGUAACGGUCGAUGUCGCUUCCCGUCUUACACCUCGGCAUUCUACCACCCUGCGAUUAAUUGUCCGCAUGUUUUUGGGGAGCAUGCAGUUCAACGCCAUUUUGCUUGAAUCAACCGAGACGAGUGAAGCUCUCCGACCGGACGGUGAGAAGGCAGGCGCAGAAUCUGAGCAGCGAAGAGAAAUUCUGAAACUUUGGGGCCUAUCACUGGGUAUGACGCUGGACUUCAUUGCCCAUAUGCACCCUGCAUCCUCGCCAUUCUCCGUCGACUAUCCCCGUGAUGAAGUGACCGGACUUGGGACGAGCAUCGCGCCGAGUAUGACGUCCGUCUUCCCGCGAUUCUCAUACCCAGACGUUAAUUUCUGGAUUUGGGUCUUCGGAAAACGAUACCGUGAAGUUAUACGCAGCUGGGAAGCUAGUGCACGCAAUGGCGGGGCAAAUGACAGGAGAAUCAACUGGAUAGGAACUGCUGUCAAUCAGUUCUACGCUGCAGUGCGCAAAGCAUUAAUUAUUGUCCUGAUCCUGCGUGCCAUCGGUAUUCUGGUUGCACUCGGCUUUGGAACUUGGUGGUUCUUUGCUCAGUAACUUAGCGAAUACUUAUCCGGCUUUUUAGCUUUGAUGGACAUAAAAGUUAAUCAGAUAGUUUAUUUUUACUCGGUUCUUUAGUUGUUGUUGUACGGUAUAUGGUUGCAUGACUUUCUCGCUCUACAAUGUUGCUCUUCCACAUCGUGAUUAAUUGAAAUAAACUGUUGCUUCUGUUGAAGAAAGCGAGGUAUUACU